AUGUUUCCGUUGUUGUUCAAGGAUUUGACGUGGUUGUUGUUCGCUCCUAACCUUACUCAUCUCGAGCUAGAGUCUUUAGAGAAGAUAGAAGAAGUGAUAAGCGAGGAGAAAGCUGCAAGCAGUCCCAGUGAUGAGCAGAAAGUGCGAGGUAUGAAUGCUCCUUUUCAAAAACUUGAAAGGCUUGACUUACCGAUGUUGAAGAGAAUCUACUGGAGUCCUCUGCUUUUUCCAUGUUUAAAGAAGAUUGUGGUAGAGAAGUGUCCAAAACUGAGAAAGCUUCCACUCAAUUCUGAGAGUUGCGUUGCUGGUGGUGAAGAACUUGUUAUAAACUACAGAGAUGAAUGA